CCUCUGGGCUGUGACCAGAACUGGGAGAAGCUCCAGGAUACCCUGAGCUGUGGUGAGUCCGCCCCGAGUUCUUUCCAGGGACCCUCCAGUUGGCCUCGUGCCCCAUCUGGUACCUCUGGGAGCCAGGGGUUCUGCACACUGUGGGCGCCUCUGCCGGACCCUCAUCACCCGCAUCGUGCACCCUCGGAGCCCCUGAGCGGGACCUCCCAGCUGGGACCAUGGAUGCACGGCUCCUCGUCACCCUGCUGCUUUGCUUCCUGGCCGUCUGGGCCCCUGCGGUGCAGCCUCAAGGGGCCUUUGAGGACUGCUGCCUGGCCUACCACCGCCACAUACCCUGGUCCCAGUUAAAGCUUGUCACCAGCUACCACUGCCAGCAAGUCAGCGGCAGCUGCAACCUGCCCGCCGUGAUAUUAUUUCUACCCAAGAAGAUCCUGUGCGGCCACCCCCGGGACAAGAAUGUGCAGAGAGCCAUCAGGCUCUUGGAGCGCCGGCGUAAGAAAAACCAAGGUUCUCCGACCCGGAAAAAGCUGGGUCUCCGGUUUCAGCCUAAGGUUUCCCGAGGCAAUCAAGGUUCCUGUCUGCUGUCCUGAUCCCAUCCCCGCCGUCUUGGGGCUUCAGCAAGUUGACAGCGGCCCCGAGGCCCAAGGCCCACUUCCGAUCUCAACAAUCCCUCCAGGGGGGACCUGAUCUCGAC